AUGCCUGCGCGGGAUAAACGGAAGCCGCGAAUUCGACUUUCGUGCACAUUUUGCCGUGAGAAAAAGCUGAAAUGUAACCGGCAGCAUCCGUGCGACAGCUGCGUCAGACGUGGUCUCGGAGUGUUUUGUGAUUAUAUCUCGGAGAAUCGAUCUGCGAGCCAUGUUCAGCAGCGGUGGCCUUCUAUAGCAGUUCAACCGGCUGUUGUUCAAGAACAAAACAGAGAAGCAGAACAUGCAUCGCCAUCAGCGUCUCUACCGGGGAAGAUUAUCCCCAGUCAGGAUGGGACUCGAUAUAUCAAUUCUGCUCACUGGCAGGCUAUUCUUGAUGAUAUCAACAUGGUGGAAAGAAUCACCAACGACAAAGAACCGCGCGAUGAACGACGGCCAGAUGGUCCGUUGCUGCUGUUUGGCUUGACUCUGCCUGUAUCCAAAGUGCAGUUGUUGGCCGGUCUUCCUCCUCGUCCAGUUAUGAAUCGACUUUUAUCUAGAUUCUUUAAUUCGAGGGAAUCUCCACUGGUGAUGUUCCAUCCUCCUACAUUCGAAAAAGAGUACAUCCAUUUCCUAUCCAACCCCGAAGCAGUCAACAUGGCCUGGCUGGCUGUCCUCUUCGGCGUCCUCUGCUGCAGUUCCAGAUUCCAAACGGGAGGUGCCGAUGAUUCGUCUCUCUUCGACAAUUGUCUCUUCCAUACAGCGCAAUGCCUCGCCAUGGCCAACUACACCACCCCCGGUCGAUACAAAGUCGAAGCGAUGAUCAUGUACUUGGGACUCGAGUAUCUCAAAGCCAGUGACGCUCAGGUCGGUGUGUCCGUAUUGACUAGCAUUCUCACUCGACUGGCUGUACAUAUGGGCUAUCAUCGCGACUCGAAACACUAUCCACGUAUCUCCAUCUUUGACGGUGAGAUGCGCCGCCGGGUUUAUCUAUAUCUGGUCAUGCUGGAUUCUGCUCUUUCCUCGCAGGCUGGGGUUCCACAGACCGUCCCUAAAUCGCAGAGUGACACUGAGCUUCCUAGGAAUCUCCUAGACGAAGAUCUCCAUCCUGACAUGACGGUCCUCCCACCAUCGAGACCGGAAACAGACCUCACGCCUGUCGCUUUUAUGCUCAUCAAAAAAAGACUGUUGAACAUCGCUACCGAAAUCGCAGAUAUCGCAUCCUCCGUCGACGGCCGAUCUUACGAUCAAGUCCUAUAUCUAGAUCAGCGCCUUCAAGAAUUCUAUCAUAACAUCCCGCCCCUCCUGCGCAUGCGCUCGUCAGUAACAUCCAUCAUCGACCCCCCAGACGUCAUCCUCCAUCGCUACGAACACGCUCUCAGCUUCCAACGAGAACGAUGCAUGCUCCACCGCCGCUAUCUAUCUCAAUCCCGCCACGACGCACAAUACGCCUACUCCCGCUGGGCCUGUCUAGACGCAGCGCAGAUGAUCCUCCGCUACCAAGUCGAUCUGCACGGCGAAUCGGCACUCGGCGAACAAGUCCGAUCAUCGGGUGCGAUCUUCUUCAGCUCACUCACCACGGGCAAGUAUCUGACUGCAGCGAUGAUUAUCUGUCUUGAGCUUUCAUUUCGGGCGGUGGAGGACCAUGCCGCUGUCCAGGCAGAAGAUCAGCAUAUCUUGAGAGAGAAUCUGGUACAGUCAUUGCAGACAUCGCAUGGGAUUUGGAUGGCGUCGCGGGGACGGUCUGAGGAAGCUCGGAAAGCGGCGGAGACGACGGGGUUCAUGCUUGGGUUGACGAGGUUUCGGGCUGAGGUGCAGACAGAGGAUGUGAUUCCAGCAUCUGGGAUGGUUGGCCAGGCGGAUGCCUAUCCGAUGGGGAAUCCGGUGGAGCUGAUUCCGUCGCUGGAGUUGUUGCAGGGCAUGUUGAAUGAUCCGUCGCGGUUUGAUUGGUGCCUGUGGGAUACUACGUUUUGAUACAUCCAUCUGCAUCAUGGUGAGGGAACUCG